AUGGAGCAGUUCGAAUUCGGAACAAAGCCACCAAAACCCUCCGUUGUCAAUGCCUCGUUUGCAGACGGUAAGCUCACUAUUAACAUCGAGGAGGGGGCAAAGAGAGUUAGCUUCAUGGUGAAGAUCAAUCUACCCACAAACUCUAGCGACGGACCAUUCCCAGCUAUCAUCGCAUACGGUGCGGCCAGCAUUCCACUCAACAACACCGGCAUCGCCACCAUCAUCUUCAACAACGAUCAGCUUGGACAGCAAUCAAACGGUCGAGGCGUAGCUUGGGCCUGGGGUGUGUCGCGCGUCAUCGAUGCGCUUGAGUUCCUCGGUUCAGAUGUCACCAAGAUCGAUGUCCAGCGACUCGGCGUAACAGGAUGCUCUCGGAACGCCAAGGGUGCCCUCGUCGCUGGCGCCCUCGACUUCCGCAUUGCUCUUACGAUCCCCCAAGAAGCCGGCCAGGGAGGUUCGGGAUGUUGGCGGCUCUACCGAACAUGUAGAGGGCAUUGCAUCCCCGAGACCCAGCCUAUCUACGUGGGUAAUAAUUGGUUUCGGAGAGACUUUCCGAGCAAUAUCGGCCUCGACUUCAACAGACUUCCCUUCGAUCAUCAUGAGUUAAUCGGCCUUGUUGCACCGCGUGGGCUGCUUAUCAUUGAAAAUGACAUCGACUGGCUCAAUCCAGAAUCCACGACGGUGUGUUCACGGGCGGGCAAAAUGCUGUAUGAGGCUUUGGGAGAGAGUUCAUCGUUUGGGUUUAGUCUUGUGGGCUCUCAUCCGCAUUGCCAGUUUCCGGUAGCUCAGAUGCCGGAGUUACAGGCUUUCUUGGAUCGGUACAUGUUCAGGAACGAGAGCGCAGAUACGGAGGUCUUCAAGAGCGCUAUUACUGUUUCUGUGGCUAACUAUGUGGAUUGGAAGUUGCCCAUUUUGGAGUGA